AUGUCCGAGGACGGCCUGCAUGUGCCACGUGCAGCAUUGCCCGAGCUUUCUGUGCGCUUGGGCUUCCGUACUCUGGACGCAGACAGGAGCGCAGGCAUUAUGGAGCAAAUCAGCAGCUUUGACAAUUUGGACUUCCAAGACUUCUGCGACUUCUGCGAGCGGGCUUUGGUGGUAGAGCGUCAAGCAUUUCAACAUCUUCUCAAUACCUGGGAGCCCAAUCCUGGCGACAACUUUUUGGGCGCUGUCGAGCACGUACAGGGCUUCAUGCGAAGUCUGCAGGUGGUUUGCAGCAGGAAAACAGUGCAGGACAUUCUCGAGCUGGCUGGCAUGAAGGAUCAGCCGUGUGACGACCCGCAAGAGAUCCUGCGGUUCCUAGCUGCUCAUCAUGCCUGUGAUGGGUUCAACCAUGAGGAGUUGGCCAGAAUAGUCGCCGCCUUUGACGCUUGCGAAGAAGAAAGGCCCAACCCUGGUCCAGAGGGUCGUCUGGCCAAGUCUUCAGCAUUAGAGUCUGCUCUUCUGACAUUUGGCGGAAUAUACUUCGUGGAGGAAUGGCGCAAAAUCAAGAAGAAGCUGAAGGCCCGAGGGCUCCAACAUUCGAGCUCGAAUGGAAUCUGCUUCUUCGAGUUUCUGUUUACGGCACGCCGCAUCCGGGAGCGAGAAUUGAAAGCCGUCGCAGCCGAGUUUGAUGCCCUUGACACCGAUCGAGAUGGCAUCAUCUCCGUGGAGGCGCUGCGUGCACUCUGCAAGCCAUUGGGAUUCACGUUGGUGGGCUCCGAGAUGGAAGAGCUCUUCUGCAAAAUCAAAGGACUCUCGGAGGACAGCCUGCUGAAUGUGGAGGCCGCAUGGGACUUUGUCCAGCAAGUACGCAGCUGCCAUGGCUUCACUCAUGCGGAGAGGGAGGAGCUGUUGCGGAGCUUCCUCCGCUUCUCCGGCGGCAGCGGGGAGCUGGCCACUGUGAAGGUAAUGGAGCUCCUGCAGUGGCUUGGACUUGAAGGAAACAUCGAGGAAGCUCGAGACAUGCUUCGCAUGGUCGACUUCAACUUCAGUGGAACCCUUGACUGUGGAGAGUUUCUGCGCCUGAUGCGGGUGCAGAAAGAAAAGAAUCUGAAGGCGUAUGCGCUUGCAUAUGCAUCAAAGAACCUGGGUGAAGAUCUCAGCGAAUGCCGCCUUGUCGCUGCCUUGGCCGAGUGCGCCGUGCAUCCGGAGAAGCAGACUUUGGAGGAAGUCUUCGGGCGGCAGAGGUGGAGACCAGGGGACUCGCCUCUCACAUGGGAAGCGUGGGUAAGCCUUGCAGAGGAGGUGCGGAAGAUGUCACCUGUGCAGAAACGUAGACGGGCGGGCUUCACUGAGAUUCAGGUCCAAGACAUCGAAGCCUCUUUUCGCGGCCCGGACGCCGUUGAUGGCAAGACAGGUCCCAUCCAGGUCAGUGACCUGUUAUGGAUGCUGCUCGACUCAGGUAUGCCGAUUCACCGUGCUGAGGAGCGAAAAGACUUCCACCAGGCCUUGGAUCGUGCUCGGCAAGAGGCGCUCGAGGCUGGUACUCGUCCAGAGGAUGUUGGUGAGCCGGGAAGUCCAGAGCUUCACUUGGCCCCCUUUCUCCACUUGCUCCGGGCGCAUGUUCGCGUCAUCGAGCAGCGGCAAAUCAUGAAGGAAGAGGCUGCGAUGAGGAGCUUGAGCUUCUCAGCAGAGGAGAUUGCAGACCUUCGGAGCAUCUUCAACCGCCAGGCAGUCUGA